AUGUUGGGACAAGAGGAUGAGUUGACACACACAGAAAGGGCAAUAUACUACCUAAGCAAGAAGUUUACCGAAGGGGAAUCUAAUUAUCCGGAGAUCGAGAAGAUGUGUUUUGCGUUGCUAUGGGUCAUGCAAAGACUCCGACAGUACACGCUCUAUCACAUAAUCCGCUUGUUGUCAAAAGCGGAUCCCUCCAUGAGGAACAUCGCAAAAUGGCUCUGCCAACUGACAGAGUAUGACAUCGAAUAUGUGUCUCGCACGUCAGUCAAAGGGCAAGCAAUCGCCAACCACCUAGCGGAAUUCCCAAUUGAGGAUGACACACCGAUUAAUUCUUACUUCCCGAACGAAGGGAUUCUCCAAGUAGACAAUGAGGAGGAUGAGCCAACGUGGAAGAUGUACUUCGACGGGGCGGUCAAUUCCGCAGGGUCCGAAGUCGGCGCAAUGCUGAUAUCCCCGGACGGGCACCAUUAUCCGGUUGCUGCGAAAGUGGCUGAAUACAAGGCGUGCAUCCUUGGCCUACGAGCAGCAAUUGACUUCAAGGUGAAGGAGUUGGAAGUGUUCAGUGACUCCAUGCUCACGAUCUUCUAG